AUGGCGACGAACGGCACCAAAACGGAUGGACAAGUCACAGAACUGAACGAGGUGGCCACUAAUAACGACAAACCCAAGUCACUGGACGUGAAACCCGAAAAGCAGAAAAAGGAAUUGCCUGCCAGGGAAACAUGGGGGGGCAAAUUUGAUUUUCUCCUGUCGUGUGUUGGUUAUGCAAUUGGACUGGGAAACGUAUGGAGAUUUCCCUAUCUCUGUGGAAAAAACGGUGGAGGAGCCUUCUUGAUUCCCUAUUUUUUGACCCUCAUAUUUGCUGGGGUCCCCUUGUUUCUACUGGAAUGCUCCCUUGGUCAAUACACCUCAAUUGGAGGGCUUGGUGUGUGGAAACUGGCUCCUAUGUUUAAAGGUGUGGGCCUUGCAGCAGCUGUCCUGUCCUUCUGGCUUAACAUUUACUACAUUGUAAUCAUUUCUUGGGCCAUUUACUACCUGUACAACUCCUUCACCACUGAACUUCCAUGGAGCACAUGUAACAAUCCAUGGAACACAGAGAGAUGUUAUACAAACCACUCUAUUGUAGAUACCACCAAUCUCACCAGUUCAGUGAUGGAGUUUUGGGAGCGCAACAUGCAUGAAAUGACCGAUGGCUUGGAAAAACCAGGCCAGAUUCGAGCGCCUCUGGCAAUAACACUGGCCAUCGCCUGGGUCCUUGUGUACUUUUGUAUCUGGAAAGGGGUUAGCUGGACAGGGAAGGUCGUUUACUUCUCCGCUACAUACCCAUACUUCAUGCUGUUAAUUCUCUUCAUCCGUGGCGUGACUCUACCUGGAGCUAGAGAGGGAAUUCUCUUCUAUAUCACUCCUGAAUUUGAAAAACUCAAAGAAUCUGAGGUAUGGCUGGAUGCAGCUACCCAGAUCUUUUUUUCUUACGGAUUGGGAUUGGGGUCACUUAUAGCUCUGGGCAGCUACAACCCUUUCAAUAACAAUGUUUACAGAGACUCUAUCAUUGUGUGCUGCAUCAACUCAUGUACCAGCAUGUUUGCUGGCUUUGUAAUCUUCUCUAUUGUUGGCUUCAUGGCACACGUGACAAAGAAAGACAUUGCCGACGUAGCAGCUUCAGGCCCUGGUUUAGCUUUUCUGGCCUACCCGGAGGCUGUAACCCAGUUGCCCGUGUCUCCUCUCUGGGCCAUUUUGUUCUUCUCCAUGCUGCUCAUGCUGGGGAUAGACAGCCAGUUCUGCACAGUUGAAGGCUUCAUCACUGCUCUGGUGGACGAGUUUCCCACAGUUCUUAGAGGUAGACGAGAGAUCUUCAUCGCAGUUGUCUGUCUGGUGUCCUAUGUGAUUGGACUUUCAAACAUCACACAGGGUGGAAUCUAUGUGUUCAAACUGUUUGACUACUACUCUGCCAGUGGAAUGUGUCUGCUGUUCUUGGUCUUCUUUGAAUGCAUCUCCAUAUCCUGGUGCUACGGUGUGAACAAGUUCUACGACAACAUUCAGGAGAUGAUUGGCUACAGGCCUUGUGUAUGGUGGAAGAUGUGCUGGGUCUUGUUCACCCCUCUCAUUGUCGGUGGGGUGUUUUUGUUCAGCGCCAUACAAAUGGUUCCUCUAAAAAUGGGAGACUAUGUGUUCCCGGGCUGGGGUCAGGGAGUGGGAUGGCUCAUGGCGUUGUCCUCUAUGGUACUCAUCCCAGGAUACAUGAUCUAUAUGUAUCUUGGACUCAAGGGCACUUACAAAGAGCGACUUCGGAUAAUGCUUCAACCCCCUGCAGUUGUCAGGCGACCCCAGGAGAAUGGACCCGAUCAGCAGGCAGAAACAAACGCUGCUACCCUAUCCAGCCCCACCAAUCCAGCCAGUCUCGCUAGUCCUGCCAACCCAGCUCCCGCAAACCCUUCCAGCCCCACCAACCCGGCUCCUAUCAACUCAACAAGCCCUGUGACCCCGGCUAACCCUGCUCCUCCACCAGCUAAUCCAGCCACCGCCACUAGCCCAGUGACCCCAGCAACUAGUCUCACCACCACCAUCACCACCACCACCACAGCCAGUCCGGCUAACCCCACCACCACAACUGUUAGCCCAAGCAGUCCACCACCCAACCCAGCUAGCCCAACGGAGCCCGUUAACCCCCCAAACCCAACAAGCCCCACCUCUAACCUGACCAAUGCCGAGGCCAAUGUGUAGACAACAAAGAAACCCUCAUGGAGCACGUAGACAAAAGAGAACAUUACAAAGGACUUCCAAGAUUUUAAUUGAUUCACCUACCUCCAGAGGCAAUAUGUGAUCAAAACAGA